CCCGUUUCUCCCACCCGUCACGCACGCCCGCCUUGACAUGAGUUGCAUUGACCUGGUAACCUGCCUAUCCUUCCACCUUGUUCCUUUGUAAACACAUUUGGCCUAUAUCUUUUUGUCUCCUGCCUUCUAAGAUCACCACAUCCUGGAUACCUAGGUAUCCAUUGGAUCACUUGCAGCCCCAUGUUGCAAGCAAGGCUGGACAUUCUCUACAUGCGAGACACAGAGGCUACCAUGGAAACCUCGGAACCAAUCAUGGCGCUCCCGCCCACCGACACCUCUGUGGGCGUCUCUCUGUUCGCUCGAGAUUCCAUCCCGAGACUCCCGGAGAUUUCGCAAAUCACCCUUGAGCACCCUCGGACCGAAUGGCAUACUUACAGCGAGUCCUGCCCCAGCCCAAACAUCCCGACGCGGUGUGAAUCAAUUUCGCGCGCACGCAUGCCGCAAUUUCGACAAUCCCGAAGAUGGGCCAAGAUGUAUGCCUGGUCACGCGCGGAAAUGGAGGCGGCUCCAACACCUCUCGACGCCGAAAAUCUCCCUUCGACAGGAUAUCUAUGCACGUCCGCCACUGGCAGCGAUCAGCACCUCGGACACCCAAUCUCUCUACAACAUCGCAGGCUUCCCAAAGCGAUGGCCAAAACAUUUGGACGUCCGAAAAUCCACCGGAACAUCAGCGAAGCCAGCGCUAGUUCUCAUCACCGCAACCUGUGCGCGCACAGCGCCGCUUAUUACUGGCGAUGUGUCAAACCUCUCAUCAGCAAGGUACCUCGCGCAAGCUCGAGGGUGUGGCCGAAUGGACGGCCUCGAAACCGGAAAGUGACAGCAACGAGGCGUCAAGACGUCGCGGGCCGGCGGCCAUCAGCUCUGAUUUUUGUGCCCGCCAACUCGCGAAGGGAAAGCAAGAUGGAGAACGAUAACGACAAAAGCUGUUGCGAACCUGGCUUGACUCUCGCCAAUGGAGCUCUCGGGUCAUGCCUCAACGGAGUCAGCCACGUCGAGAAUGAACCUGCUGGGUGUACCGGCCUUGCAGCAUCGCCGAUGCCCUCGCUUCAUAAUCCCAUCAGCAGCGGCCGAUUGUCAGACGAAUGUAGAAACGUUCAGAAAAAUGUGAACUUUGACAACGAUCGCUUGCAUCCGACUACCUCUUCAGUACCCGCUGUCGUCAUGCGAUCAUCUGCGAGGAAGCACACAUCCCAGGAAUUCACCCAGCAAUCGGAGACUGCCCGCAAGCGGGUAUUGUCUGCAAUUACCUCCAAGCCUCUCCCUCCAUCACCACCAAGAACAGAGGUCAGCAUACCUAUUGUGAACAACACCUCCACGCCCCCCCUCUCGGCUCACCCACCUCAAUGCCGAGAGUUUGCAGCUCAAGCUCCCGGCAACAUUCUCAGCAGCCUUAAUGGGAUGCUGCAUACUGCACAAACCGAGUCUCUGCCAGUCGUUUCAUCGUCUGCUGUAUCCCGUGAGAUGAAUCCACGAUACCAGCAUCAAAGCACUGCCAUCAGCCCACAGCCCAGACCCACGCGGCCUGUCAUGCGUCUCUCUUCCGCACGCUCGGCUAAGAGCGCCAAUACUCUGGUGGGAAUAGAAGCUCAAGUUCAAAGAAUGUCGCACUACAGCAUUGACGUGGAACUGAGACGAAAUGGGUCCACUGGAUCCAGCACUCGAAAUAGCGGACCUCCUCCCACCAUACCGUUGCCUGCGUUGCCGCCCGAAGCACACAAUGGACAACUGGCCGUGGCCAAAUCCACAGAGGACUUGGCGAGGCUGGAAGGUGGUCUCGAAGAGAACUUACAGAUUUGUCUUCACUUUGUGCGCCAUGUCAUCCAAAGCACUCGCGCUGAUAAGGUCCGAGAAAGGAGGAUGCGCGAUCUUGCCAAGUCGCGCAAUCGUUCGGGCAAGACUGACGGUCUGGGAACGAACGAAGCCCGCAAGAAGAGCUCCAUCUCCAGAAUCUCACAGACUGUCGCAUACCACGUGGAUGAACUUGAUCACUUUCCAGCUGUCCCAGAUUCCCGACCAACAAGUCUCUACAGUAUGUCUACGUCUUGUUACAGUCGCCAGCACAGCCCAGAGUUGAGGAUUCGUCAACAACGCCGCAUGUCCAAAGUCCAAUCAACUGAAACCCAACGGAGCAUUCCUCAAACGCUCAGUCAGAGCAAUAUUUUCGUCGUUGUCGAUACCGAUCCCGUUACGGCGCGUUUUCGCGCGGGCGCUAUAAGCCCCAGACUGAGCAUUGCAGGCAGUACCACCAGCGCGGCAAGUCCAAAACAUGCACGAACUCCUUCAAAGCUCAAAGAGGUCAUGGCCAACAGGUUAAGUCUAUGCGAGAGCCCGAGGCGAGACAAUGUUCUAGGCAGCCCCAUGGAGAGCCCGAGACGGAAAGCAGCAGGAUGCAGCCCGAUUGGCAAGCAAGGUGUCAAACUUCGUCGAUCACAGUCUUGCUCGAGCGGCCAAUUCAAGCCUCCUGGAAGAGUUGACAGCCCAGCCCCGAGCAGUUCUAGUGACGACAAUUGGCUAACCCCUGGUGAAAAAUUCUCGCCAGUCAAGCCUGCCAGCCCCAGUCAACAGAGGAAACGCCGACGAUGGAACAGCGGCGACAUCAACCUCGUCAGACAGCUGCACCAAGAUCUACGCGACUACUAUGUCACGAUCUUGGAGCAGGAGGAGAAGAUUAAGUGGCAAGCCACGCAGAUCCAGACGAUGAUGAAGAUCUUUGCGCCAAUGAACCAGAUCCAAGGGCUGGAAGAAUCUGUCCACCUUCAGGAUUCUCCGGACCGAGACACCCACCCAAGCAACAGACAAAUCAGAAAGUGUCGGAGUGCCGUUACAGACAGGCGACCGCCGAGUUCCGGUUCUCGCUCUCGCUUUCCACUGUUUAGCAUCAACGAGCAAACACUCAACAGCCAAGCUCACAAAGCAGCAAAUAAAGGGGAUGCUAGUAGCACAGCCCCUUCUUCAGAUACGAUGUCCCUGGCGUCCCUCAGAGCUAGUGCUUCUGAGACGUCACUGACGGAGCAGGAAAAACUUACGGUACCCGUCCGCAAGCAAGGCGCCAACCUGGAUACAUGGGGUUGGAUAUAGGUCGCGUGGGCCGCUGGCGCUGGCGCUGGCGCUGGCGCUGGACUUGCGAAAACAUGUAAACUUACAAGGAGGAUCUGGAGUUCACGUCGGUUUGGCCAGGACAGGUCUUCGGGAUAAUGGAUGAAAUUGGAUGAAUC